AAAAUAAUUGUUACUCUUUACUCCACUAAUUUUUUUUACUUAAUAUUUUUUGUGUGGUGGUAAGAAAUUUGUACGGAGUACUAGGGAGUAUAAAUUAGAAUGCCAAGAAGCGUAUGAGCAAGCAAAUCUCACUUCUAAAUCAAGCAUAAUCGCAUUUUCUUUCAAAAAAUAUUCAAUAUGUUGGGUUACUCCAAAUUUGCUGUCUUUGCAUUUCUCAUGCUUACUGCAUCAGCUGUGAUAGAUGCGAAGUUUCAACCAAUUAUUCGAUCAACUACUUCCACCCCAAAAAUUAUGAGUCAAGAGCUCUUGGAGGCCGAAGUGAAAGCAUUGGCAUCACUUAGAGAAGCUGAACAAGCUAUUGCUUUAAACUUGAAGCAAAAGUUACACGAAAACAGGCUUGGUUGUUCCCCAUCAGGAAGUAUAUGCUCCGGUGGCGGACCUCCGGACCAAUGUUGCUCGGGUGCUUGUAUUCCUCAUCCUAUAAAGAGGAUAUUUUAUUGUGCAUAAAAGGUUUUUAAGGGAUUUAUCGUCCCUUACACCUUUGUUAUGAUCGUAGUGUACGACACUCUAUUAGCUAAAAUAAAUAAAUUUGACAAAGGUGGGAUGAGGAUUGAGGAAUUCAUGUAUGUCUACUUUUAUUUGUGUAUUAGCAAUUCUUGGGUUAAGAUGAAAUUAAAGCUUGGCUUCUAAUUUCUCUUAAUUCAAGAUUCUAUUAUGUAUUAUUAUCUAUAAUGAAUGGAGACAUCCUUCUUUACCCUUGUUAUA